UGCAAGCAAAUGCGGGUUUGUUACGAAGACAUGUUGCGGACUCUGGUCGACAGAGAUGAAGCUUCCUGCAUAGAAGAUGCUGCGAUAGGCGCUAGCACUGUGACAAUAUUUCUGAAAGCUGUAAGACAAUACUGCAGUGACGUAAUAAAUGUUAUCAACGAACACAUGACUUAUGAAGGCAGACAUCUUUACGAGGUAAUAUUGAACGCACAUUCACCACAAGAAAAGACUGACGAACAAGCGUCGAAGCCGGUAGUGAUCAUCGAGGCUGGACAGCAAGGAGGCACGGAGUCAGUGGGCUUGGCGCUGUUCCUCAUAGAACAGCUGGUGGCCUGCCGGGAGUACGGCGCUAUGCUGGAGCAGAUCACCUGGGUUAUAUUACCCUGCACCAACCCAGAUGGCCAGGAGUAUUCCAGAUAUAGCCAAGUACCCUGGAAAAAGAACUUAAAACCAUCGGAGGAUUCGUUGAGCUACGGCGUAGACAUAACAAGAAACUUUGACAACCAGUUCAGCUCAUGCCCCAGAGUAGAAUCUGGAUUCUCCCCCAUUUUUCCAGGCCCCGGGCCGGCUUCAGAAAAUGAGACUGUUUUUAUCAAAAGCAUUAUUGCAAAGUAUAAGAAGGAUGCAAAAGUUUAUUUGUCAAUCAGACGUGAUGGUCAUUCGAUUCAUUAUCCGUAUGGGUACACGAAGAACACGCCCGCGAAUCCGACGAUGCUGCACCGCGUGGCGGGCGAGAUGGCGGCGCGGAUCAACCAGCGCGCGGCCGGCGUGCACUUGUUCAUCAACAACAGCGUGUUCGAGUCGGAGGGCAAGCCGCACUGCGGACACAGCGUCGACUACGCGUAUGACAGCGGCAUCCCUUUGUCUUACGAGAUGCGCGUUUUUCUCGGCGCCGACAACAAAAUUCUGACCAAGUUCCAAACCCUGCCCCGAGGCUAUGAGAACUCUUUGAGAAACGGCUACUUCAGCGGUAUACGAGAAUUGUACAACAUAAUCAUAAACGAGAAGAAGUACGGUAGAAUUGUAUAAUAAACCUUAUUUUUAUAAAACGUUGAGUCGACUUUUAAUCGCUUCUACUAGAAAAUUGUCCGUGUGUAUACGGGGCGUACAUGGAAGUAUAUAAGACGUGAAAACGCAAUUGGGCUCGAGAUAACUAUUCAGAUUCCCUCAAAUUACAUGCUCCAAAUCGAGCAUAAAAAAUCUUCAACUGGGUCAAAAUUAUGUACUGGGAUCGGCAUCUAUUGCGAUACAAUAUUUAUUUAGUACAUAAUGGUGUAUCUACGUUGGAGGAGUCACUUUUCCACUUUUCGGUAGGAUGUCGGUCAUGCGCGCUGGGGCGCCUGAAACGCGCCUGCGCUAGGGGUGGGGCCCGUGGCCGUUCAGCCCGCUACCACUCUGUAGUCAGCCGCGGCGGCGGCACCGCGCCUCUCACUAGCUCUCCCAGUACCAUCCACAGUCUCUCUCGACGACAACUCGAACUUACUCUGCCGCCGCGAGCGCUUCUAAUACAAACAUUUUUAUUCAUUCGUUUAUUUUCACAUUACGAAUUUAAUUUCUAGUUGACGAUUGAUUUGUAGUGUUUUUAUAUUUUUUGAGUUGGUUAUAAAUAAAAUUAUAAAAAAGACAUCAAGACAAAAAAAUCGUUCGAUUGUUUUUUUGUAGUUGAUUACUUUUGUGUUGUAAAAAAAAACGAAAUUGGGGCCAUCGGGUUCUUCUCGUCGAUGGUAAGUAAUACUAAGGACAAUUUUUUCAGGUUCGGCUUAGAGUUAAGUCUGGGGGUAAAAGUAGUAGUAGAGUAAGAGGAAAGUCGUCGUUUCGAAUGGGGCGGAAGGCGGUCCCGUCGGCAACAGGUUGGCGGCGAGCGACGGGCGUCGGGCGCUCACGGAACCGUCGCUUGCUGACUUCGGCUAUUCUAUUAACUGUUCAUAAACACCCCAGAUAGCAGCCUUUAGCGCUAAUUAC